CGUGUUUAGAAUAGCGAUAUAUUUAGUUGAAGUCUUUCUCUAAGAGACUACAGUAUAUACCUCGUUUGUGAGUUAUCUUAAACAUGUGUUGGUGUUGAAGAAUAGGACAAUGGAGGUUCACAAAAGCAAACUCAAUUUAGAAGAAUUCCGCGUCUCAGAAAAGACAGGAUUUGCAAGUGGGAAUACUUUGGACAAACUCCCAGAAUAUUUUCAGCGUUGGAAUGAUCUUACUAGCCGUCUCUUAGGACUGAUGGAAAGUAAAGCAGUGCGAGAACAUGUAGACCAGCUAAUACUCUUGGACCACAAGAAACUUUCUGGACACGCUGAGCUGAGCCUUGCUCAUAUGCAGUUGUCCUUCUUUGUAGCAGGAUACGUUUGGCAAAACGGACCCAAUGAUCCCGCCAAGAAAAUACCCAGAUGCAUAGCUGUGCCCUUUUAUGGUGUUUCUGAAAGCUUGUCUCUUCCCCCAGUCAUAUGUUACUGUGAUAUCAUAUUGCGGAACUGGCGACCUAUCGAUCCCGAAGCACCGCUGACAUUCGAAAACCUGAAAACGAUUUACCUAUUUCCCGGUGGACACGAAACAGACAAGUUUAUUCGAGUAUCUGUCGGGAUAGAACUGGCAUUUGCACCCGCAAUUCAGCGGACACUGGAUGCCAUGUAUGCCGCGGAAGCCUCGGACACCGUAUCACUGACAAACAGUCUGGAGGAUGUUGCUGCUGUGCUGAGGAAAAUGACAGAACUACUCGCUGGUUAUCACGACUGCAUCACGACCGAUACAUUUUUCAAUGUGCUUGCACCAUACUUUAAAGGAUAUGGACCGAAUACACCGUUACCACAGGGACUCAUGUUUGAAGGCGUCCGUGACGAACCGGUAACUGCAAUGUCAAGUAGUGCUGCACCGACGUCUACCCUGCCGCUAGUGGACGCUGCCUUGGGAGUCGAGCACGCUCAGGGUAACCGAACUAUGACACAGGGAUUUAGGAAACACAUGCCACUUGAACAUAGACAGCUUAUUGAGGCUGUCGAACAACGAUCACAGAUACGUCAGUACGUAAUCAGUUGCAAAGACGAUGCUCUGACGUCAGCCUUUGAGAGCUGUCUGCGUGGGCUGACUGACUUUCGCAGUUGUCAUGUCAAGAUAGUAACCAAGUAUGUUGUGAUUCCCGGCAAGGGUAAUAUUCCUGGUAUAGAAGAUUUGAUGGCAUUUCUCAAAGGUAUGAGGGAUGAAUCCACUGGUAAUUAGGAAGUUUAGGACCAACCACACAGGCAUGAUGCACCUGUGGCUAAUACUGGAUGAAAUAAAUAAAAUAAACAAAACUUGUUUAUUAUCAGAACUACGAAAACGUAUAUAUAGUUUUCAUCAACAGAGUUAUGGAGAUAGAACAAAGUUCAUGGCAAGAUUUCGGACUGAAUGCUCCAACUUCUAAGUAAUCGAGAGAGAAAAAGAAUAUAAUCUUGCGUAUGGUAACAGUUGACAAAGCGCCUCCCGUCUAAAUGGACGUACUAUUGAAGAGAUAUCUUACCAUUCUGAUCAUAACUGCGACUCAAGAACAAAAUUAAAAGCUCCUAUUAUAUCUAGUGUUAAACAUUUAACAUAAUGUUUGUUUUAUUUACAACUUGUCCCUUGUAUUACUGUAAUCGGUUUUAUAUCAUACCCUGCUGUACUUGUGUAUUGCGCCAAUUUUACGUAAAUCGGAAUGCAUUUUCUACAUCUCCACCCCAACCAUCUUCGAAAACACACAUUUAUAUAUUUUGUUUAUAACUGCCUAUGCCACGGAUGUAUUAUCAAAUAUUAUACACUAUUCUAUUUAUAUAUAUAUAUUGUACUCGUCUUUUUACCAUUAAAACGGAAUAACCAACGA